AUGCCCGGUACUCCAUAUAUGAAGAGGGCUUUUCAGGACGUCGACAUUCCCUCUGAGAGCGGUGGGAGACACCCCGACUUGAGUUUUCCUCGAGCAGUACGGUUGCUUCUUUCUCUGAAUGAAACCGUAUACUGUAUACCACAUUCGUUGACUUUAUUUACACGAGGAGCACCUACCUAUCGAGAAGGGCUAGAUGAAACCGUCCACGCGAAUCACGAUAGAGAUCUUACGCCCAUGCUGGUAGGAGCGAAGCCUCUGAAUGGGAGGCGAAUAAGAGCUAAUGUCCUUAGACGUCGGCAAGGGUAUCGCACCACCUCUGGCUCGCCGUGGGUCUUUUUUGAUCGUUCUACUUCGAUUCCUACUCUGACUCUCUUUCUGCCACCGCCGCUCUGCUCCGAACAAGAACGCACGAAAAAUUCUGGACCUCUGAGCUCCAACUACGGCGAUGUCGAUGCGGUGCCACUGCCAGCAGUGAAGUUCAUCGUCAUCGCGGAAUGUCUGGAAAUGACUAAGCUGGCGUUUGUGGAUGGGAUUUAUACCUGA